AUGUUGCUUGAACGCCCCACCUUUCCCCCUGUGGAAUUCCUUCGCGCGUACGUGCUAUAUUUCUUCCCGCCGCCCUGCCCCUCCCCGCCCCAGAGUUCCCUCGACGCCCGCAAACGCCGCGGCCUGAUCGCCGGAGCGGCGUUCGGCUACAGCCAGGCAAUCAUCUUCUGGGUGUUCGCGCUUCUCUUCUACGUGGGCGCAGUGCUCGUCGACGACGGUACGGUCGAGUACAAGAACUUCUUCACGGCAAUGUUCGCGGUUAUCUUCGGAGCCUUCGGGGUUGGACAGAUCAGCUCUGACGCGAAAGAUGCAGGGGAAGGAGAACAGGCGGCGGCGAAGAUCUUCCGCCUUACGGACGAGCCCCUGAACAUCGACCCCUUGUCCGAGGAGGGAGCCAGGCCCGUCACGACCAACGGGGCCGUGGAGUUUAAGAACAUCUUCUUCGCCUACCCUUCCCGGCCUAACAUGCAGAUCUACGGAUCGGACAAGUACCCCCAAGGGUUCUGCUUGAACGUAGCGGCGGGCGAGACUGUGGCGCUCGUGGGUCCCUCCGGGGGGGGAAAGUCCACCUGCAUGGGGCUGCUGCUGAGGUUUUACGAGGCUUCUAAGGGGAGUGUGACGAUCGAUGGCCGCGACAUCAAGGAGGUCAACGUCAAGUGGCUUCGCACGCAGAUUGGCUACGUGGGCCAGGAGCCGGUGCUGUUCCAGGGAACGAUCCGCGAAAACAUCGCCAAGGGGGAGCCCGGCGCAAGCGAUGAGAGAAUCCAGGAGGCUGCCAAGGCCGCCAACGCCCACGACUUCAUCAUGGACUUCCAGGAGGGCUACGAAGCUGACGUGGGCGAGAAGAGCGCUCUCUUGUCCGGGGGCCAAAAGCAGGAGCUCGGCACGCACGACGAGCUGCUGGCCCUCAAGGGCUUGUACGCCACGUUGUGGAACCAGCAGACGAGCAAGCUCACGGGCGAGUAACAGGGCGACGGCUUCGGAAUCAUCUCUCGUCGUCUUCGCCUCUCUUGAGUAUUUCCAUAAUUUGUGUCAGUGUUUGGAGGCUUUUUCUUCUUGUCUGCAGAAAACUGUCGCCUCCCACGAUCGCAACAAAAAAUGGUAGGACGGGGGGUUGGGCAACCGCGUAGAGAAACUGCGUGGACUCGCCCGUCAAUGCUCUAUUACACGGGGCCCAACCAACCUUGUUCUCGUCGAUUUUCUCAGUAUUCUGCUCUAUGGGGGGGCUUGAUUGACUCUAAGGUUGUUUUGUUGAAGACUGCAAGAGAAAUCGGCAUCUAUGCAUCUUGUACCUUUGCAGUGUUUCUGAAAUACGCAGCUGGUAUUUGGCAUGUAGCUGGAAUUGAAUAGAGUCCCACGUGCAGGAAGGGGUAUUUUCCGCCGUACACAAGCGUGUGAAGAUGGUAUAGCUGGAAUCGCAUGUGUGUUUUGCCCCCAAGACUGGUGCAAUCGGUGCUUUUGUGAGACUCUUUGGAAAUAGUCCCACGUGAAAGAUAUGGGUUGCAGAGGAAGUGGGGGUUCGUUUUCGCGGUACACGAUGGGAUGUAGCUGGGAUCGAUCGUGUGUUUUGUAUGUGUUUUCCUCACGACAUGUAGGUGCGAUGGGUACGUUUGUGAGACCCUAGAGAAGGCGCCGGUCUCAUGACCCAUCGGCACACGGCGAUGAAGAUGUUGGGGGGGCGUUUUCAGAGUACGAGCUGGUGGGUGUGUUUGCUCUUCUGGCUAUUGUAUUUCUAUCCGAAACGGCUGAUGUCUUUCCGAAACGGCUGGGUGGCCGAGAGCCGUUUCAGAAAUGGCGUUUUCCGGUGCAACUUUUUGUUUCUGUUGCGUUGGUGUGUUGGUGUUUUGUCACAUUCUUUUCCAUCCUUUACGUAACUUUCGUUUCCAGAAUAGAUGGAAUUUCUGCGCCACUUUUUUGUUUCCAUUGCGAUUGUGAGUUUCGUGUUAAGUCAUCUUAUUUUUCUCCCUUUUUCGUAACACUUUGGGGGACGCUAAGCUAUCCUUCGGAUCAAAAACAGAAAUAGCAGCAACAGAAGAAAACUGCACCCGUCUACCAAGGCUAUUACCUAGUACUCGAGUUUGUUUAGGAGUACUUUUACCAGUGUCCUCCUUGUUUUCGCUCCCAUCAUUCUGAUCCUCAUUUCGACAAGAAGAAUCUCUGGGCAGUUCUUCCCUAGCCCUACGUUUCUUGUUGUGGGGAAGGUCAUCUGGCUCAAACCCUUUGCUCUCUUCCACUCCUCCAUGUUUUCCUGCUCCAUGGUCGUCUUCGUCCUCCUAUCUUCCCUUUCCCUUUCCUUCGUCUCCGUAACUCCCAAUAGAAUUACCCUCAUUAAUAUCGUUGUCGCGGAGAUCCCAACCGUUUGGCCCUGGUGGAAGUCGGUCGAUCAGAAGCCCAUGAAUUUUGAACACAUGGCGAGUUCGCAUCGACAGAAAACGAGCUAGCUCGAAGGCGAACUAAUGCUCUUUCGUGGUCAAAGUUCCCCCGGCAAAAAGCUUCGUGCGCCAAGUGAUUGGCGACAGCAACGAUGAGUCGAUUGGCGCCUUUGCCAAGACCACCAUUCGUUGAAAAAGCAGCAGUAAGGAGGGUAGAUCUAGACGAGUUGAAAGUUCUCGCAUAGUGCUUUGCCUCACUUACAGCUCGAUCUUCGAGGGCGGAUCCUGUCUUUUGAAUCGACUUGUCUAUGCUUCGACCUGCGGAUGGGUUGCGUGUGUGUAUGCGUGUGUUUGUGUGUGUUUGUGUUUUACGUAACUUCGGGCGCUGUAUUUUCUUUGCUUCUGCCAGAAAAUUAUUGAGAGAAGCUCCGGGCUCGACCUACCCAUUUCACGAAAAUGUCCGCAAGCUGCUUGUGAAGGGGUAUAUAGGUCUGCAAUUGAUAUGAGCUGCUUCCAAUGAAGCAUAAUGAAAACCAGGGUUCA